ACAUCUUAUAAACCGGAUUGCACUGAGAGAAGGAAAAAAAAAAAAGCAAAAAAGAUACAAAAUAUACAAGCAAAAGGCAACAAUUCCCCGGUCUCCAGCAGUCGCCCACCCUCCCUUCCCUUCUCUCCUGCUGGCCAUCUGCCUUGGGUUCUCCUUUGUGUCUGAUCUCUUACUACUGAGCCGAGCGCAGGCGGAGGGUGCACCACACACAGGGACUAUGCCCAGCUCGCUUUUUGCAGACAUGGAGAGGAACGGGAGCGGCGGCGGCGGCGGUGGUGGUGGUGGUGGCGGGGGAGAGACCCUGGAUGACCAAAGAGCCCUUCAGAUCGCCCUGGAUCAGCUCUCCUUGCUGGGGCUGGACAACGACGAGACGGGCUCCAUUUACGACAACGAGCCUCGGAAAAAGAGCGUGAACAUGACUGAAUGCGUCCCGGUGCCCAGCUCGGAACAUGUCGCUGAGAUAGUGGGGAGACAAGGUUGUAAAAUCAAAGCUCUGCGGGCAAAGACCAACACCUACAUCAAGACCCCGGUUCGCGGGGAGGAGCCGCUCUUUGUUGUGACGGGCAGAAAGGAAGAUGUGGCCAUGGCCCGCAGGGAGAUCAUCUCUGCGGCCGAGCACUUCUCCAUGAUCCGAGCCUCGCGGAACAAGAACACGGCCCUGAACGGCACCGUUCCCGGCCCCCCGAACCUGCCCGGCCAAACCACCAUCCAGGUGCGGGUGCCUUAUCGCGUGGUGGGCUUGGUCGUGGGGCCUAAGGGGGCCACCAUCAAGCGCAUCCAGCAACAGACGCACACGUACAUCGUGACCCCGAGCCGGGACAAGGAGCCGGUCUUUGAGGUGACCGGCAUGCCAGAGAACGUGGACCGGGCCCGGGAGGAGAUCGAGGCGCACAUCGCCAUGCGCACCGGCGGCAUCAUCGAGCUGACGGACGAGAACGACUUCCACGCCAACGGCACGGACGUGGGCUUCGAGCUGAACGGCACGGGCAGCCUCUGGAGCAAGCCCACGCCGCCCAGCAUCACACCCACCCCGGGCCGCAAGCCCUUCUGCAACUACCGCAACGACAGCUCCAGCUCGCUGGGCAGCGCCUCCACCGACUCCUACUUCGGGGGCGGCACCGGGGGGGGCGGCAGCGCCCGCCUGGCCGACUACAGCCCCCCGAGCCCGGCGCUGAGCUUCUCGCACAACGGCAACAACAACAACAACAGCGCCAACGGCUACGUGUACGGCGGGGGCGGCGGCGACGUCCUCUCCUCCCCGGACUGCUGCUCCGAGCUGCCCUUCGACUCGCCGCCCGGCUUCGACCUGGCGCCCGCCCCGCCGCCCGGGGCCGCCCUCCUCUGGCCGCAGUUCGAGCGCGGCCCCGCCGCUCCGCCCUCGCCCGCUCCCUCGCCCGCCGCCGCCGCCGCCUUCCCGGGCGCCGCGCCCGCCAAUGCCAACCUGGCGCUGCUGGUGAGCGGCCCCCGGCGCGGCGCCGCCCCGCCCCCGGCGCGGCUCUCCCCGCCCCUGCACGGCAGCGCGGCCGGCACCGAGCACCCGCUGGCGCGGCGGGUGCGCAGCGACCCCGGCGGGCGGCUGCUGGCCGCCUCCUACCCGCUGUACGCCAACGGGCUGGGCGCCCACCUGCCCGGGCUGCCCUCCGACUCGUCCGCCUCGUCCUCCUCCUCCUCCAGCUCCUCGUCCAGCUCCUCCUGCUCCUCCUCCGGCGUGCGGCGGAAGGGCAGCCGCGACUGCUCGGUGUGCUUCGAGAGCGAGGUGAUCGCGGCGCUGGUGCCCUGCGGCCACAACCUCUUCUGCAUGGAGUGCGCCAACCGCAUCUGCGAGAAGACGGAGCCGCAGUGCCCCGUGUGCCACAGCGCCGUCACCCAGGCCAUCCGCAUCUUCUCCUGAGCGCCGCGGGCCGGGGGGGGCCCGGGCCGGG